CCCUAUGUCUUUUCUUUCUUUGUUACGGUCACUCUUUUCCUUGUUCUUGCAUUUCUCUUCUCAAAGUUUUAGCUUUAGGCCCGUUUCCAUAUCUAGGGUGUCUUAGUUUCUCGAUGAGUUGAGUUAUGAGUGUCAGUGCAACAGCUUCAAAAAGUUUCCUGCUUUGUUCGGUUUCUUUAAGCUUUUCAUAGCGGGCAUUGUUUUUCCGGCUGAAUGGUUAACAUUUUUCAAUCAUGGGUUUUCCUGGAGUGAAAAUCAACCUUAAACUCUUGUUUUGUUGCUUUGUUUAUUCAUGUUUCAAUCAUGGGUUUAUUCAUUUACAAAAGGACCCUGAAAACCCCCGUCUUUGAACCUCAUUCUGUUUGCUCUAAAAUAUUUAGGGUUUAGAAGGCGUUACUGGGAAUCAGGGAUUUUUUUUUUAAUUUCUAACUUGUUAGAGUAUUUUCUUGUGGAAUCUACCAAGACCCUUUUCUGAGGACUUCGUUUCUUGUUGAGCCAGUUUCUUAAUUGUAAAUGCAUGGAUGGGAGAGAAGCUAUGGCUUUAUCAGGCGGGUCAGCUCCUUAUUAUAUUCAUACAGGGGUUGGUGGGUCUAGUUCUGGGUCAGUAACACACACUGGUGUAGCAUCAUUUCAUUCUCAACCAGGGUUCCGGCCUUUAUCUAACCCUCAGAUUCAGCUCCAGUCAAAUGUUUGUUCAAACUUUACAGGGGAGCUUAAAAAUAGCAGUUUGCCUCGUGGGACUAACAUCGAUGCCUCCUCCGGGAUGCCACCGGCCGAGCCAGUAAAGAAGAAGAGAGGGAGGCCGCGCAAAUAUGCGCCUGAUGGGCAGGUUUCAUUGGGACUUUUGCCUAUGUCUGCCAAGCCUAAGCCUUCAUCUAGAUCGGAUGCUUCUGGUCAAAAAAGAAACCGAGGCCGGCCUCCUGGGACUGGGAGGAAGCAACAGUUAGCUGCUCUAGGUGAAUGGAUGAACAGUUCGGCAGGGCAGGCAUUUGCUCCCCAUGUUGUCACCGUUGGAAUUGGAGAAGACGUUGUGGCAAAAAUGUUGUCCUUUGCACAACAAAGGCCAAGAGCUGUCUGCAUCUUAUCAGGAAGUGGUACAGUUUCCUCAGUAACUCUACGUCAACCUGCAUCUUCAACUCCUACUGUGACAUAUGAGGGUCAUUUUGAGAUACUAUGCUUGUCGGGUUCUUAUUUGCUUGCCGAGGAUGGAGGACCACACAGUCGAACUGGUGGCAUAAGCGCUGCUCUUUCUACUUCUGAUGGUCAUGUCAUAGGUGGUGGGGUUGCAACAUUGGUUGCAUUGAGCCUAGUUCAGCUAGUUGUUUGCAGUUUUACUUAUGGGGGAUCCAAAACCAAGACCAAACAACUGGCAAGCCCGCAAGGCAGUAAAGAUUCUGCACCCUCCAAGUUCAGCAAUAAAUCAGCUAUGGAACCUUUGGCUCAAAAUUUUGCUCCCCCGUCUACGAGCAUUUGGCCUGGUUCAAUGCCGGUUGAUCUGAGAUACCCUCACACGGAUAUUGACUUGACACGAGGAUGAUAAAGGCACAUUUGUACAUGUUGUACUGAAUCUGUGAGAAUUAGUAAAACUUAUAGUCCUCCCAAUUCACCCAAUAGGGGGCAAUGGGUUUGUCCUAACCUAAGAUUGUAA